AUGCACCAUGGCCAGCUACUAUGGCUGCUCCUCCACGCGAUAGCCGUUUCUCACAGCCUGGGCGCCUACGUUGAAUCCCGACCAUGCGCCAAUAUACGCAGCAAGAAAAGCCUGUCGACCAGCGUCACCGCGGCACUGCGGCCCCUUAUACACGGACAGACACUCAGCAUCGAAGGCGCAAGCUUGGUUAGGGCGACUGAAUGCGAUGGACUGGCAGCCGUCACGGUGAAUCUGACUACCGAGGGUCUGGGAUGGAGAGUCUCGGAUCAAUUGACGACAAACACGACUUGCGAAUCUGUGCCGUGGGCAAGAGACGGCAUGCGUCUCCUCCGAACGAAUGUUUCCCAGAACAUCGAACGAACCCCCCUCUCGACCUUCCAUACGCGCAUCGAAAUAGCCAAUAGCAAAACCGCGGGCGAGUUUGCCUGUGCCCAGGUCGAAAUAGCGACGGAGAUCGACCUCGUCAUAUCUCGCGUCCUACGAUGGGUGCCCUGCGCGAUCCUUAUAUUUGUCUUCGUGUACGGCGCGAUUGACUCAUUAUACGAUCACGAGCCGACCGAACACAUCAUAGACGGCGUGAGACUGCUGCGGACAGAGACUCGACCAAUACUUCCCCUGUUUGGCGAUUGUCUGCACUAUCUGCAGUUUGUCUUCCUCUCUGGAGGCCUCAGCAUCUCCUACCCCGGCUUCUAUCGCCCUGCUGUUAGCAAGCUGAGUUGGUUCUCUCUAUUCCAUAGCGGGCCAAUUACACACAGGCUCGCCUAUAACGGUGUUCGCGAUGGCAUCUACGAGGUCAACGGCACGUAUGGCGGCACCUACGGGCUUGAGAUCAUGCAUCAGAUUGCUGCCACGCCUGGAACGAUUGAUACCUGGUUCAAUAUGCUGGUCACCAUCCUCAUUAUCACCGUAUGCGCUGGCGUCAUCCUGGAAUGUCUUCGUCUCCUUCGCAAACCGCAGCGCACUUCGCUGGAUCAGGCGACACCUGAUGUUCGCAGCAGCCUCCGCCAUCGAUUUGCCUCUCUGCUUCGCGUGGUUUUCUCAUACUUCACCAUGCCGCUGAUAGCCAUGUCGUUCUAUCAGCUUGCCAACGCCAUGUGGCUUCCUCGGACUCACACCGUCUACGCCGUCUUCCUGAUCGUCUACAUGGCUGCGCUGUUUUCCUGGCUUCUGUACCAGGUCCCGCCCCGGAGUCUUGGGCGUCUCCUCUUGAAUAAAUCUACCCGUUACGAGAGCCUGCUCCUAGGCGAUGCCCCGGCGCCAACCCCAUCUGAUGACAUCUUCGUUCUGGUGCUUUUCACAUUGCUGUUCAUCAGAGGAAUGGUGGUUGGCGGCCUUCAGAAAUGGGGCGCUGCUCAAUUGGUAGUUCUUUGCACUUGCGAAGUGGUUUUACUGGGCUGUAACUACUUGCUCAAGUCACACCCGCUUGGAUCCGUCGUCGCCAUCGGGGCUAUUGUGAGGCUCAUUGCCACGGGACUCAUGGUCGCCUUUCUGCCUGGUGCUUCGAGCAUGACUACGAAAACGACUAUCGGGCGCGCGAUUCUGGUUCUGCACGCCGGAAUGCUGCUUGGAGGCUUCUUCGUCCCAUCUGCGAUAAGACUUGUCAGGCUACUUGUAACGAGGUGGAACGCCCCAAAGGCGGACGUUUACAGCCUCCGGCAGCUUCGAAGACGACAAACAGCAAGAACGAACCUUUCUCCAACACCUCAAGGCGUAUCGUUGGUUGUGCCUGGCCGCGAGGGAGAGGAGUGGGGGCCUGGAGCUCAAUCUUCUCAAAGCGACACUCCCAUUCCUUCAAGGUUCUACUUUCGCCCGCCGCGCUCAGUCUCUUCACGUGGUGGCUCGCCCGUAUCAGUGGCUUCUCCUUGCGUCACACCAACACAUAAACGUGGUGCAGCUUCAAUCUUGGUGUCUCCGAUAGAGAAAGGCCUCCCGCUGGAUUGGACACAACCCGACCAGAAGGCGUCGGGAGCGUUCCACUACCAUAGCACAUCCCGGUCGUCUGGGUCUUCUCGGUCGUCCGCAGAUAGCCAGUCCUCACCUAGUCAAUCAGUUGGCGACGGCGGAGCGGAGUCUCCCGAGGACGUCCUUCUUGUUCUGCCAUUCAACGACUAUACCACCAGAGAAUCAGAUGCGUAUCAUCUGGGGCCGGGUGGAAGAAGAGUUCAUGAAUGGGGCACUCCUGCGGGAGCCCCAAGCGGCGAGGUGUCGCAGUGGCCCCUCUUCGCCAAUGUUCAGCAACUCAUUGCAAGGGUGUCGUUCAAGUUUCGCAAUCCCUUUGAACGAAAGACAGACGCAGAUUGA